UAGCACCACAAUAUCAGCUUCUCCGUGCAAACCCAAAUGUCAUGCAUCAUAUUCAUAGACGCACAAACCCACCCUUUCUUCGUUUUCUUCGCAAAUCACGAUCACAGUCACAAUACACAGGGAAAGGAAGCACCUUUUUUCCUUCACGUGCUUCAACUUCUGUCUCUACAACUUUACACUGUAAACCCAAAGAGAAAAAAAAAAAACAAAAAACAAAAAAACUCCCAACUUGUGGGGAAUUUUUAGCAAGACUUUUGCAAGUGCUAAUCUUUUGAAAGAUGUCUUCCAUUCCGAAAGAUCGGUCACACAAGGGAAACUUGAAGAAUCCAGAGGCACUAGAUAGGCCAAAGGCUUCGAAUAAAGAGAGUGUAGCAGAAGUGGAGAGGUCACACAAUGGAGAUUUGAAGAAUCUAGAAGCACCAGAGAGUGUGGCAGAAGUGGGGAAAUUUGAUUUCUUAAAAGCAUUAGAAAGGCCAAGGCCUUUGAAUAUAGAGAGACAAAGAUCGUGUGAUGAAAGAACAAUGAGUGAACUAUCCAUAGGCAUUUCUCCACGUCAAUUGACCGCAAAAGCUGAAAACUGUUCUCGCCUGGGGGACCAUCUUGAUCAUCUAAAUUCUCCUCUGCCAAAGUCAGGUCUUAACACUCCCAGAUCAGCUACAUUUGAUUCACAUUCAAUAGCAUCGGAAGCUUGGGAUGCUCUAAGGCGUUCCUUGGUAUAUUUCCGCGGUCAGCCAGUUGGUACAAUUGCUGCUUUGGAUAAUUCUGAUGAAAAACUUAAUUAUGAUCAGGUUUUUGUAAGAGACUUUGUCCCAAGUGCUUUGGCUUUUCUAAUGAACGGGGAACCAGACAUUGUUAAAAAUUUUAUCUUAAAGACCCUUCGCCUUCAAUCAUGGGAGAAAAAGAUUGACAGGUUCCAGCUGGCAGAAGGGGUGAUGCCUGCUAGUUUUAAAGUAUUCCAUGAUCCAGUCAGAAACCAUGAAACCCUUAUAGCAGAUUUUGGUGAAAGUGCAAUAGGCAGGGUUGCUCCUGUUGAUUCUGGAUUUUGGUGGAUUAUUCUACUUCGUGCAUACACAAAGUCUACAGGAGACUCUUCUUUGGCUGAACUACCCGAAUGUCAAAAGGGUAUGCGCUUGAUCCUGAGUUUAUGCCUGUCAGAAGGGUUUGACACGUUUCCGACUUUACUAUGUGCUGAUGGAUGCUGCAUGAUUGAUCGUAGAAUGGGUGUUUAUGGUUAUCCAAUUGAAAUUCAAGCAUUGUUCUUCAUGGCUUUAAGAUGUGCCUUGCAAUUGCUUAAGCAAGAUGCUGAAGGGAAAGAGUUCAUGGAAAGAAUUUUGAAACGGUUGCAUGCCUUGAGCUAUCACAUGAGGAGCUACUUUUGGUUGGAUCUGAAGCAGCUUAACGAUGUAUACCGGUUCAAAACAGAAGAGUACUCACAUACUGCAGUGAACAAGUUCAAUGUUAUUCCUGAUUCUUUACCAGAUUGGAUAUUUGAUUUCAUGCCUCAUCAUGGUGGAUACUUUCUUGGGAAUGUGAGCCCUGCUAGGAUGGAUUUCCGGUGGUUUUGUCUGGGCAAUUGCAUUGCAAUUUUGUCGUGCAUGGCAACAACUGAACAGUCAACUGCAAUCAUGGAUCUCAUUGAAUCACGGUGGGAGGAAUUAGUUGGGGAUAUGCCUGUCAAAGUUUGUUAUCCAGCUCUUGAAAGCCAUGAAUGGAGGCUCAUAACAGGAUGUGACCCAAAAAAUACUAGAUGGAGUUACCACAACGGGGGAUCUUGGCCAGUUCUUUUAUGGCUUCUGGUUGCGGCGUCGAUCAAGACUGGGAGACCCCAAAUUGCGAGACGUGCCCUACAAGUGGCUGAGACCAAAUUGUCAAAGGACAGCUGGCCCGAAUAUUAUGAUGGAACGUUGGGCCGAUACGUUGGAAAGCAGGCCCGUAAAUUCCAGACCUGGUCCAUUGCUGGUUACUUGGCCGCUAGGAUGAUGAUGGAUGAUCCAUCACAUUUAGGUCUUGUAGCACUCGAAGAAGACAAGCUGCUAAAGCCAUUACUCAAGAGAUCAAAUUCAUGGACUUUUUGAGUUUCUUCUUUUUCCAUCAUUUUUUAACACCAAUGAUAAAUUAGGACCAAGCUUUCCAUUUC